CUGAUUUCUUUUAGAAAAGUUUAGGAUAAUCUAAGAUUAUCACACAAACGUAUCGUUGUGAAAGAACUUAUAUACCAACAUGUUUCUAGAGUUUGAAUAUAAACAGAAGAAAAUAGUUUACUGUACCAAUGGCUAUGAGAAAAAGGAGCGGCUCCGGUGCCAAACGUCAACACAAAUGCAAGCUAGUACCGAUCUAUGAGAGUUUCUUUAAAGACGAAGACCUGACGCUAGCUCAUCCAAAUUUCUGGAAUGAAUUGUUCCUUAUUAAACCUAUGGUACCUCACAUCGAAAAUGAAAUUCUACAUAUGACAUCGGAACAGCUAAAUGCCAGCAAAGAAAAUUUGAACGCAUUGGUGUGCCACUGUGUUGACACAUUAGUCGAUGAACAUCCAUUUAGAAUAGUAUACGCGUUGCAAACUUUAGCAGCCGUCAUCCAAUCCAUGUACAAGAAAGCCAACCAGGGAGACUAUGGAUUUAAUUUAAUAGAUAUUCUAGUAACCUCCAUCGCCGAAUAAUACCCUGGGCCCAAACGCGAUAGCUCCUAGUGCUUCGCCACCCAACGUGAUGGCUCAGCCGUUUAAUCUACUAGCAACUUUCCUGCAGUACUGUUCGAUAGUUAUGCAAGUAAUUCGAACGGAGGCUAUAAUGAGUAAUGUGAAGCUGUGCUUCUUGAUACUAAGCUGCAUUGCGGAGGACCAAUAUGCAAACAGUUUAAUGCACGACGCGAAUCUGGCAUUUAGAGUUCAGCUACAUAGAGUACCUAUGCAUUAUAGAAAGUUGCAGGAUAAGGCAGCGCCGGCUCAACCGCUUGCAGCUAUCUUUUCAAUAUAUGUUUCAGGAGUUCGUGUUUCUUAUCUCUCUCAAAAUAUAAUAGAAAUCAAAUAAGGACAGAGUUCCACUAGUGUCGAAGCAUUUGCAGCUUACAGCUUAUAAAAUAUUGCUUAUAAAAUGUAAAUGAUUGUCUAAAUUUCGAGACGGAGUUAUAAUAAAUUAAAGAACGUUUUAAAUGCUCGUUU